AAUUACAUAAGAGCAACCAACACCAUACUGAGCAGCUGUGCAUUCACCAUCAGACAUGGAUAUUUUUUUAGCAUUGAAGACAAAUGUAUUAUCUAUUGUAAUGGCUGUAUUGUUUCUGUUAUUGUUGUGGAAGAGUCGAGGAAAGCAGAGUAAUUUCAAACACUUGCCUCCAGGACCACGUCCCUUACCACUGGUUGGGAAUAUAUUUCAGUUUGAUGGGAAGCAAGCAUACAAAUAUUAUCUUGAGCUCAGUGAAAAGUACGGCUCUGUGGUUACCAUCUGGUUGUCGACCACUCCUGUGGUGAUCAUUUCUGGAUAUCAAGCCCUUAAAGAUACCAUGAUUGGUCUCAGUGAGGAAUUCAGUGGAAGGCUCAACUAUCCCAUGAUCAUGAAGGCCACACUUGGAUAUGGCGUUUUAUCCACCAAUGGACACAGGUGGAGGGAGAUGCGCAGGUUCUCACUCAUGACCCUAAAGAACUUUGGGAUGGGCCGAAGGAGCAUUGAGGAUAAAGUCCAAGACGAGGCUAAGAAUCUUGUGAAAAUGAUGAACAAAUAUAAAGGUCUUGCAUUCAACCCUGCAGACAUGGUGUCUAAUGCUGUGGCCAAUGUGAUCUGCAGCAUUGUCUUUGGUCAUAGGUUUGAAUUUGAAGAUCCACAAUUUAAGUUUUUGCUUCGGACAGUAAAUAAUUACUUCAUCAUGCUCAGUAGCCCCCUUGGACAGAUCUAUAAUAUUUUUCCUAGGCUAGUCAGUCUUUUCCCAGGUAAACACCAUGAGCUAUUCAGAGACUUGAAAAAGGCCAGAGAAUACUGUAUUUCUGAGACCAAGGCCCGAAUAAAUAAUGUGGAGGAUGCCUCAUGCCCAAAGGACUUCAUUGAGGCGUUUGUGUUGAAAAUGGAAGAGGAAAAAAACAAUCCUGACACAGAAUAUAAUGUUGAAAACAUUGUGUCACUGAUAUGGAACUUUUUUAGUGCUGGUACAGAAACCACAUCAUCCACCAUCAGACAGGCUCUGCUUCUUAUGAUGAAGCAUCCAGAUAUUCAAGAGCGUGUUCAACGGGAAAUUGAUGGGGUUGUAGGACAGGCCCGUUGGCCUUCCAUUGAAGACAGGCAUAACCUGCAGUAUACAGAUUCUGUUCUCCACGAGGUGCAGCGCUACAUGGAUCUCACACCCAUCGCUGUCCCUCACCAGAUGAUGUGUGACACUAAAUAUAAUGGCUAUGUCAUUCCUAAGGGAACUGUGGUUUAUCCACUGUUAUCCUCUGUGCUUUCUGACCCAAAACUCUGGAAGAACCCAAGCUCCUUUGAUCCAGAGAACUUCCUGGAUGAAAAUGAAAGAUUUAAGAAGAACGACGCAUUUGUUGCAUUCGGCAUGGGUAAGCGAGCGUGUCUGGGUGAGGCUCUGGCCCGGACAGAAUUUUUUCUAAUCUUCACUACUCUGCUACAACGCUUCACCUUCAAAGCCACAGUGCCACCAGAAGAGCUUGACACAACCCCCACCAACUGCAGUUUUGGCCGAAUGCCCCGCAUAUACGAGUGCCAUGCUAUUCCUAGGACAUAGAGGGUGCAAAAGUCCACAUCCAGGAUUUAUCACCAAAAUGAGUGUAGGAUAGAGAUUACCUGUAAUUUCUUUAUUUACAUUUUUUCCAUAUUUUACAUUGUUAUCAUAACCUCAAUAAUAUUAUGUAAUAACACAAAUGUUACUAUAAGAAUUAUGUUGUAAUUUAAAGGGGACAUAUCAUAAAAUAUGUUUAAGUGCUAUAAUUGGACCCCUAUCAACCUUGAAAAUAUGAAAAAGAACAACCCAGUAACUUCGUUUUGGAAAAUCAUUCUCUGCAAUCAUUUGAAAAAAUUGUUCAUUGAAUUUUUGCAUUUCAUCAGCUCAUUUGCAUUUAUAAAGACAUUUUUUUAAUACAUGAUAUAAAACAUCUAUAGUAUUUUAAGUGAGAAAUUGACAUAUGUACUCUCGGAACACUAAAGAUUUAUUUUACAUCUUUAAAAAUUCUUGCAAAAUGUCCCCUUUAAAUGCAUUUUAUAAUUUACUUUGUUGUUUUGUUUUAAACACAUUUAUUGAACACAUAAAUUUAUUAUUUUCAUAAAAUAUAUAACAACUUUGUUCAACAAUUUUUUAUGACAUUGGAGAUUUUUACAGUAUUUUUUAUAGUCUUCUACAAGCAAUUCUGUACGUCUGCAUAUUAGUAAAUCUUUUGGCACACACAACAGAUCCAAAAAUCAAUAAGGAAAAAAACAAUCAACACACUCUGUUUGAUGCCUUUAAUGAAAUAAAUAAAUAUGCCCAAAACUGA